CAAAAAUGAGUUUUUGACAGUUCUAGAUAACAUUCUGAAGUACAUUUAAUUGCAUUAAAAUCCGCCAACAAUGGACGAAUAAACACAAAAAUUCGACUCUUUUUGCAUUGAAAUAUUUUUUUUUCUCGAAAAUCACAACUCAUCAAUCGAUAAUCAUGGCGAUUCGAUUAUUUUUUAGGAUAAUAAGAAAUAUACAAAUGAUGACGUUGGGCAAUACGUCGGACAGUUUGUUUACAAAGUAUACAAAAAUCACUGCUGUCGUGGCUCUAUAUUGGGUUGUCUCAAUUGUGACAGUAUUUGUGAACAAAGCACUUUUAAGCAGUGACACUGUAAAGUUGAAUGCACCGCUCUUCGUCACAUGGGUACAAUGCAUCGUUUCAGUUGUGAUAUGUUUACUAUUAGGAUUAGUGAAACGAUCCAAUUUACCAAAUCCAUCCGAUGUCUUCACUGAAAAUAUUUUCAAAACGGCGAUGCCGGUUGCAAUAUUGUUUACAUCAAUGGUCUCGACGAAUAAUUUAUGCUUGAAAUAUGUUCCCGUCUCGUUUUACUACAUCGGACGAUCUCUGACGACCGUAUUCAAUGUGCUACUUUCGUACGCAUUGCUCGGCCAAACUUCAAGUUUCAAUUGUAUAGCGUGCUGUGCCAUUAUUGUCGGUGGUUUUUGGCUUGGCGUCGAUCAAGAAAGCGUUGCUGAUUCAUUUUCGCUCAUCGGUACAAUAUUCGGUAUUCUGGGGUCGAUUAGUUUGUCUCUCUAUUCGAUAUACACUAAGAAAACAUUACCAAAGAUAAAUGACCAAGUACUUCUAUUGAACUACUAUGUGAAUGUUUAUGCGACAUUCCUGUUCAUUCCAUUGAUGAUGUUCAAUGGAGAAAUUCGUGAGGUAGCCAAUUACCAGCACAUAAAUGAGCUAUGGUUUUGGCUUGCCCUAUUUGUCGGUGGCUUAUGUGGAUUCACCAUCGGCUAUGUAACUGGACUUCAAAUCAAAGUCACAUCACCGCUAACGCACAACAUAUCCGGUACGGCAAAAGCAUGUGCCCAAACGGUUCUCGCAGCAAACUGGUACCACGAGAAUCGAUCAACCCUCUGGUGGUUUUCAAACUUUGUCGUGCUGUUCGGCAGCAGUCUUUAUGCACGCGUCAAACAAGUCGAAAUGGACAAAAAACAUAACCAACAACUAAUCCAACCGGAAAAAGCCUAAAAUUUCAAUUGGAUGUCGAGGAUGAUAUGCAUAAACACAUGGUUGACAAAUAUACAUUCGCGCGUGUCUAGCUGAUUUUUUUUUCAGGGGCCAGAAGGAAAAACUAAGACAACCAGUAAUUAAUUCAUCUAAAAAAAGGCCUGAGAUGCAUUCAACAGUUGACAACGUUUACUGUGUUAUUUUAUUUUUGGUCUAUUUCUUUAAUAUAAUUAUCACUUGCUUUAGGCUAUCAUUAAACAUUACAUUUUGAAAGAAACGAGAUGCAAACAUAAUUGUAUAUACAAUUCUGAUCUAAUUAUACGAAACACAA